AACCGUAAAUCUCGAUCACCAUUUAUCAUCUUAUGUCCAUUCUCUCAUGCUAUCAUUAUAUUUUUCUCUCUUCUGUUUUUUUUUUUUUUUUAACUUUAUGGUUCAAUUUACCAUUACAUUAAGAAAAUGAAAGAGGGAUGCACAAAAAUAAUUUCAAGUUAAAUCUUAUAUGUUCCAAUCUAUUGAAUAAAAUCUCAAUCAUUAACCAAUAAUAAAUUGGUCCAUGUGAGAUUUUGAUCUCCUUAAACAUGUGGUUGGCGGUUCGAUUCCUAACUCAUGCGUUCCGAGAAAAUUUGGUUGGGCCACCUUGCGGCACCUUGUGUGGCCACAAGUUCCCCGGUAUAGUAUGAAUCUAACUGUGAAAAUUUGGGUGGAACGUACUGGACACUGGACACUGGACACCCACAUCCCCCCAUGUCAUGUGUGGAAAUGAAAACUUUUUAUGAAACCAAACCAAUAAUUAAAGGUGGAGGUGGGAACUUAGUUAGAGUAAAAGCAACGCUUUAAACUCAUCCCAUGGCCUUAUCUUCUUCUACUUCAUUCCUUUCACUUCUCAACACCACUGAUUAUUCUUCUUCACCACUUCUCAAACCACCACUACUCCAUUUCCAUUCUUCUUCUUCUCCUCACUUCCCAACCAGACCACCCUUAAUCCACCACAAUCACAACCAAGUUGCUACUAUCUCUCAUAAAUGGAGAACAAAUGUUUCAUUUUUUCCUGCUUUUUUAAAGAAAGGCAAAGAUGCAAAUACCAUCAAAGAAGAACUUCUCGAAGCCAUUGAACCUCUUGAUAGAGGAGCUGAUGCCACUCCUGAAGACCAACAAAGGGUUGAUCAGAUUGCACGCAAACUUGAAGCAGUUAAUCCAACAAAGGAGCCACUCAAAUCUAGUUUACUGGACGGAAAAUGGGAGCUUAUAUACACUACCUCUCAGUCUAUUUUGCAAACUCAGAGGCCAAAGUUUUUGAGAUCAGUUACAAAUUAUCAAGCAAUCAAUGCCGAUACUCUCAGGGCCCAAAACAUGGAAUCUAGGCCAUUCUUCAACCAGGUGACAGCAGAUUUAACACCUCUUAAUGCAAGAAAAGUGGCUGUGAAAUUCGACACCUUCAAAAUUGCAGGCUUCAUACCUGUUAAGGCUCCUGAUACAGCUCGCGGUUCACUGGAAAUAACAUAUUUGGAUGAAGAACUGAGGGUAUCAAGAGGUGACAAAGGAAACUUGUUCAUCUUGAAAAUGGUGGAUCCAUCUUACCGGGUUCCUGCAUGAUAUGUUGUCACUAUAUACUAUAUAUAGAUAGCGCCUUAUUGCCAUCGUGUUUUCUUCUUUCUGAAGUUGGAACUUAUACUAGCAAGCCAAUGUGUAACCACUAUUCAAGGCAAGCUAACUUGAAGCAUUUUGGAACUGUGCUUUCUGUACAAAGUUUCUAGGUAAAUUGAAAUAGUGUGAAUCAAUAUAAUAAUGUAAUGCAUCUUUCUUUUCCUUGAAUGUGGAAAACUGAUUUAAAAGUUGUUCGAAAGUCUUUACGUAUUGAUAUGAAUAUAUUAUCAGCUAAAGCUUUGUUCUGAAGGCAUGGAAUGAUUGAGAAACAUUUAUCUAUCUUAGACACUUGUUAAUAUA